UUUAUUAGUCACGAGAAGCCAUCAUUCAUGCCAGCUAUGGAGAAAGUAUAACCUAGAGGAGCUAACAAGUACAAAGAACAGGAAAUAAUCUGAGUCAACCAACCACUGUCUCUGAGCAGAUUAUCCUGAAGGUAUGUCAAGAUCCAGAGGCUUCCGUGUCACGGCUGUGAUCUCAGCAGUGGGAACCUUGUGUACUCCACUAUUCCAGCAUCCUGGCCACUUUCUUCCUUAUCAGAUCCUCCACCAGAGGGCGCACAGGGCUCAGAGAAGGUGUGUCAAUUACGAUGAACAUCCUAAUGUGUGGUACAUCUGGUUUCUGCUGCUGAUUUUCUUGGCGGCUCUUCUCUGUGGGGUAGUCCUGUUCUGUCUCCAGUGCUGGUUGAAGGGGCCCAUGAUUCUCCCCCAGAGACGCACCAUGGCAGUUUUCGCUGUUGGAGAUUUGGACAACAUAUAUGAGACAGAAGCAGCUGUGAGGCCAACUGUUGGAGCUCACCUUCACACUCAGAACCACGACCUGUACCCUCUUCCAUGUUUUGGCACAUUGGAUUCCCCACCUCCCUAUGAAGAAAUUAUAAAAACAAGCCAGCUGUAGAUCUGGAUCAUCAGCUCAGCGUAUUCGAAUAUUUGUAGUUCAAAGAUCAUCGAAGUUGGGCCAGAAUACAGUUCAGUGGCAAAGCACUUACCAAGCAAAUACAAUGUCCUGGGUUUGCUCCCCAGUACCAAAACAGCAAAGACAAAGCAAAACAAAACAAAAAACCAAC